UGAUCAACUAGCUGACUCACAGUAAUGGCAAACAGCAGCAACCACAUGGUGCAAUACGAAGGUUUUCUAACUGUUGUACCACAUAGGCCAACUUUCCCGAGGCCAUCAGUCCGAAUUUCAACCGAAAAAGACAGGGAGGCAGGCCUUUUGAGGCAGUGCUUUCGUAUGAUUUUAUGUUAUGAGAAGGCAUCUAGUGAUGAUUCUGGCUGGAUGGUUGCUGGUUGGACUAAGACGUCGAUUGGAAUUGCGUUGUCAGAGAAGCCAGUCUUAGCUGGGAGGCUAAGAAGAGCGGAAGAUGGUGGACUAGAGCUUGUCUCGAAUGACAGUGGUGUAAGGCUAGUCGAGGCGCGGAUUGCAUUGAGGUUGGAUGAGUUUGGUGGUUUGAGGAACAAGGAAGAAGAGCGGAAACAGCUUGUUUAUUGGAAGAGUAUUGAUGAUCAGGACACUCAGUUUUCGCCACUAAUGUACAUUCAGGUGACAAACUUCAAAUGUGGUGCAUAUGCAAUAGGAAUAAGCUGCAGCAUACUUCUAGCUGACCCUUUUUCAAUGUCAAGCUUCCUCAAAAGAUGGUCCGAAAUUCACAUGAACCUUGUCACUGAAUCUUUAUCUCAGAAACUACCUCUGUUCUACCUCCCUAAUUUCGGAAAACCCAACUCAACUCAGGUAUACAGCCCGAAUUACGAACCUGCAAAAGAAACCAGCAGGCAGACUCUGAUCUUCAAAUUCGCAAAUUUGACAGUGGACAAUGAAAUGCAGAGGAUAGUAGCAUUGUCAUGCAUUGACAAGGUGAACCGCAGGCUCGGGAAAAAGGUAACUUCAGAUUUUUCCUUACUAGUCAAGAACCCGAACAAUGAUAUGCUCAAGAUUGAUACAAUUAGCGUGAAAGAAGUUUUAUCUCUGGAAUCUUUCAAGAAUCUAACUGGGAUUAACAGUAAAGAUUAUAGUUGGGGUGAAUAUAUUGAUGCUGAUGGAAUCAACAUUGCAAAGGGAAACAAGCCUACUGAAACUGUCUGUUGGAUUUCUUCACCGGAUGAGGAAGACCUGGUCAUGAUUAUUUCAUCUGAGUCGAACAUGACUGUAAUUGUAACAGUUUCAACUACAAAUGAUGCCUAAACUCUGAUACCAUGUUAAGUGACCAAUUCUCUCAAAACAAACCUCAAGGUGUCAGGAGAGCUUACCAGGAUCAUAUGGUAUUAUAACAUAAAAGAUCUGGUACAAAUAACAUAUACUCAUCUAAGAGGUCUUUGAGGUUGUAGGUGCAAUGCCAAUAUUAGUCCUAUUAUGGUUGCUGAUAGAGGCGUGACUGAUGCAUUUUCUGGUGUUAAUGGGAUCGGCUAAUCACUCUGCUUGUAUUUCUGAGCUUAUCGCGACACUACUACUUUAUUUCUCUUGUAAACCUGUUUUCUUAUAACAAGUCUAUGUAAACACUUUAUUUUUUAGCUCAUAAAUUGUAGCAAAAGAUAUUAUAAUCGGACUUGAAUACUAAAGGAUUCGGCAUUGGUUC